GAGUGACAAAUAGAAUCCUAAAUCCCAAAUCAGCCGAAAUUCCAGGGUCAUUACGGAAGAUUAACGAAAUUUCAGCAUUCUUGCAAUUGAUGCUUUUCUUAUUCUGAAAUUCCCACUUUUUUCCUUUCUUUUCUUGUUCCCUGUCUUUUCUUUUCUUUUUCUUUUUUUUUUUUUUUUCCGAACAGAAAGAUCCCAUCUUUCACCAUUUCUUGCAGAAGCCGAGGUUGGUAUUUGUACACCUUUGUAAGAAAAAGAGAGGAGACGCAGGCACCAACCUUGGAAAAAGGUCGUUGUUUGGCACACAUAUUGCCAAGAAACAUAGAGGGUGUUGUUCUUUUCACGCUACGCUCAGAUUUUUUAUAUGCCUUUGCUCGUUUCUACGAUUUUCUUGAAAUUCUCAACAACCCAUCUUCAGCGUCUCUCUCUCAGGGUCUGUGUCUCCUCUUGCAUUGAUUAAAAAGGCCUUUUCAAGGGUCUGAAGAUUAAAGAAGAGGAGCCAGAUGGAAUUUGAGAGCAGCAAUUGGAUAAAAGAUGGGGUUUAUUUCUAUCCUCAUCUGUUUGGUGGUAUAAUGAUUACUUGUGCACUGCUUAGUUUUUCCACCAGCUACUUCGGUAAGAUUAGUGUUCCAACUAUGCCUUACCUCUUUCCGGACUUGAGAGUUUUUCAUAAGAACAAAUCCGCAAACAAACGUGUUCGUGUGUAUAUGGAUGGAUGUUUUGAUCUGAUGCACUAUGGGCAUGCCAAUGCCCUGAGACAAGCAAAGGCUCUAGGGGAUGAAUUGGUUGUUGGAGUUGUAAGUGAUGAAGAGAUCAUAUCUAACAAAGGCCCUCCAGUUUUAUCCAUGCAAGAGAGGCUGGCCCUCGUUAGUGGGUUGAAGUGGGUGGAUGAAGUCAUUCCUAAUGCUCCCUAUGAAAUUACUGAAGAUUUUAUGAAUAGACUUUUCAAGGAGCACAAGAUUGACUAUAUUAUACAUGGUGAUGAUCCGUGCCUUCUUCCUGAUGGAACUGAUGCUUAUGCUCUAGCAAAGAAAGUUGGUCGCUACAAGCAGAUCAAACGUACUGAAGGUGUCUCCAGUACAGAUAUUGUAGGAAGGAUACUUUCCUGUAUGAAGGAUGCUAAAUCAGAAAAAUUGUUCUCAGAACCGUCUGGUGAAGUUGAUAACUUAAACAACACGCGGAGCAGUAAAUCUCUGGUUAAUGGUGGCCACAUUUCUCAUUUCCUACCUACUUCAAGAAGAAUCGUGCAAUUCUCGAAUGGCAAGGGGCCUGGGCCAAAUUCCCGAGUUGUUUACAUUGAUGGUGCAUUUGAUCUUUUUCAUGCUGGGCACGUUGAGAUUCUAAAGAGUGCGAAACAACUUGGAGAUUUUCUUCUUGUUGGUAUUUAUGCUGAUCACACCGUUAGUGAGCUUCGCGGUAUUAAUUUCCCACUAAUGAAUCUCCACGAGCGUAGCCUUAGCGUGCUGGCAUGUCGUUACGUUGAUGAGGUCAUCAUAGGUGCACCUUGGGAGGUUACUAAAGAUAUGAUUACAACCUUCAACAUAUCUUUGGUCGUGCAUGGAACAAUUGCGGAGAAAAACCCUCUCUCAAUUGGCAAGUCGGACCCCUAUGCUGUUCCAAAGAAUAUGGGAAUUUUCCAAAUGAUCGAGAGCCCAAAAGAUAUCACUACGACUUCCAUAGCUCGAAGGAUCAUUGCCAAUCACGAGAUUUAUCUGAAACGAAAUGCCAAGAAGGAAGCAAGUGAAAAGAAAUAUUAUGCCGAGAAGAAAUAUGUGUUGGCAGACUGAUAGAUUUGCUAUUAGGGAAUUUUGAGAUACAUCUCAAGAGGUGACUGACACAAUCGAAAAGGCAAAGGCAAGAUAGUCGAAACACGAUGUAGGCAGGUGAGUUGGAGUAUUAAAUCUUUAGGAACCAUUGUUUCUUGUAAAUUGGUCGAUAUCUUUGAAUUAUUACAAUGCCCUCACACCUUUUGUUUCAAUCCUCAUACUUCAGUCCCAGAACUGGAGGGAACGGAUUCCCCACCUGGGAUUCUACAUGCUGUAAUACAUUAGUUGUAAUUAUGUUUGUUUGUUGCUAAUACUUGUGUUUGUUUAUUUGCUUUCUCAUCAAGAGAUUUUGAGUUAGAUUUGGGUUUUUGACAGAACUCAACACGCUUGUUUGAACUCGAUUCAGUUACUGAGUGUACAACUUUGAACUUA